AUGACAGUGGAAAAUGCAUUGCAUUUCCAACAUUUUUCUGCCUGUGUCUAUGGAUGGCCGACGUAUUUGCUUCACAACUGUAGUUUGAAGUCAGUAUAUCGUCUGUUUCGUAAGAUGCAGUGCUGCGGACAACUACGGUGUGAUCAGGUACUCAUUAUUGAGGAUAAUUGCUGCUUCUGCAAUACAGCGGCUUUCACGUUGGCCACGGAAAAUAAGAACGUUGAUCUGUUCUUUGUUUCUUUCCGCAAUGGGCUCUAUGAGGUUCCGUUUGUGGUACUUGCUGAUCAUGAGACUCGCAGCAUUGUCAUUACAAUUCGUGGAUCUUGCUCGUUAGUGGAUCUUGUCACCGAUCUUUGCCUAGGUUUGUGUGGUUUCUUUGCUUCAAAAGAUUAA